GGAUGUGAGUGCGGCAAAUCUCAAGGGUUCCAUCCCACCUGCACUGGGCAACUUGGGUCGGCUGCGCAUGCUGGCUCUGGGCGGCAACCAACUCACGGGCGUCAUCCCUCCGUCCAUUGCUGGCCUCUCUGCCCUCACCCAACUCAACCUGGCUGGCAACAAACUCACAGGCUCCAUUCCCCCCCCUAUAAGCCUCCUCAAUAAGCUUAGUGUCAUAAAGCAUCUCGUUCCUUCCUGCCGAGUCCACGUCAGCUUCAUCGGCCUACAGAACAACCACCUCUCUGGCUCGCUGCCUGCCUCCCUCUCCUCUCUGCCCUCUCUCGUCUACCUGUUGUUAGGAACCAACAACAUAUCAGGCUCCCUGCCAGACAGCAUUGGAAGCCUCUCGCUUCUCAGCAACCUCGACAUGGGUUACAACCAGCUCUCAGGCCCCUUCCCCUCUGCCAUCGCCAACCUAUCUCGCCUGCGCACGCUGCGCCUGGGGGCGAACCACAUAGAGGGCAGCCUACCGUCCAACCUACACCACAUGGCUAGCCUUGAGUACCUGUACCUAGCGCAGAACAACCUCUCUGGGUCCAUACCUGCAGCAAUCGCCAAUCUCACCGCCCUUUCCUUCCUGGGCUUGGGAGGAAAUCAGCUCUCAGGGCGAAUCCCUCCAGCCAUCACCCGUCUCACCAACUUAGCCCUCCUUGACCUGUCAUACAACAGCCUCACGGGACCCAUUCCCGACACCAUAGGCGCUCUCUCCUCUCUCACCAGCCUGAAUCUAAGGCGCAACAACCUCACGGGGUCAAUUCCCAGCUCCCUCGGCACCCUUGCCAAAGCGAUACUCAUAGACGUGAGUGCCAACCAGCUCUCAGGCUCCAUUCCCGACUCCAUCACCACCCUCCUCAGCCUCGUGUACAUCGCCAUGGGUAACAACAACCUCACGGGCUCAGUGCCGGCUGGCAUGGGUCACCUCACCGCCCUCAGCCAGCUGGACUUGAGGUACACCAGCCUUCAGGGCUCGCUUCCUGCAUCCCUAGGCAACCUUACUCAGCUCACAGGCCUCUACGUGGACACCACAGGCCUGCAGUGCGCCACAGGGGGGUGGUGCGAGCUGAACCAGCAGGCAACGUCCGCAUUCUGCCAGCAUUGCUCCUUCUUCUGCUCCAACUGCUCCGUGCAACCAGCUGAUGUGUGUGCAUCGUUUCAGUUCAACCCCUGUGGAGGUGGCGCCUGUGUCUCCCUCCCCAACGGCACCUACACCUGCCAAUGCCCUCUCGGCAGCACCAUUGGGAACAAUGGCACCAUUGCUCCCACUUGCGUCCCUUGUCCCACAUGCCUCCACUGCCGCUUGCAAUCCCUUUUGAUGAUCCCAGCAGAGCACGUCCAUUCCCUUCUAGUCAUGAACUCACCUUUCUCAUCUCACCAUGCUUAG